AUGGAAGACCCAAACUUCAAGAAAUUUGUGAAUAUCUUCAAGCAACUUCAUAUCAACAUACCGUUGGCAGAUGCACUUGAACAGAUGCAUACAUAUGCUAAAUUCUUAAGGGAGUUGCUGACGAAGAAGCGCAAAUGGGCUGAUCUGGAGAAGGUAACCCUUACUUCUGAAUGUAGUGCCGUGAUUCAGAAUAAAUUACCAGAAAAGAGGGAUGAUCCAGGAAGCUUCACCAUUCCAUGUGUCAUUGGAGGUAGAGAGUUCGAUAAAUCACACUAUGUUCUAGGAGCAGGCAUUAAUUUGAUGCCAUACUCAGUCUACAAGAAAUUGGGAUUGGGAGAUUAUCUUAAGCCUACUCGGAUCACUCUCCAAUUGGCCGAUCGAUUAGUGAAAAUUGCAAAGGGAGUGGUGGAGAAUGUAUUGGUGAAGGUGGGGAAGUUUAUUCUCCCUACGGAUUUUGUGAUUCUGGAGAUGGAAGAAGAUCGGGGAGUGCCUCUCAUUCUUGGGAGACCUUUUCUAGCAACUGGAGAUGCACUCAUCGAUGUUGGGAGAGGCAAACUGACAUUCCGAGUAGGUAAGGAGGAGGAAAUUUUUAAUGUCUUUCAAGUUGAUCAUAAUCACGAUGCAUUUGAUGACUUUGAAAGUGGAGCUCGAGAAAGGAAAAAUCCAUUCUCAUGUGAUAGUGGACAACCUAAACAACUAUCACAUGUCCUAUCUGCUCAGAUUCUGAAAUCAAAGCAAGGACAGAAAUCCUUGUCAGAUCACCUCAAGUAUAGAUAUUUGGGUAAAGAUUUCAAUCUUCCUGUUAUUAUUCCUUCUUCACUGACAUUGAAACAGGAAGAGUACUUGCUUGAGGCACUGCAAUACCACCUGCGCCUCACUAAGGGGUCCAACAUGCAAGCUAAGAAGGUCAUACCAAAUUUUCGCACACCUGGCCCUUCCGAGGUGACUCAUAUGUUGGAUGGAGGUUAUGCAUUCUAUCAUUGCUCGGGAGGGUAUUCCGGAUACCUUUCCAUACCCAUUGGUUGA